ACGGCGGGCGGGGCGCCGGCGCAGGGCGCAGGCGCAGGGCCUAGGCGGCUGGGUCAGCUGUCCCGAGGGACCCGCUCAAACCGUUUUAGGCCCCUUCCCUCGGCCUCAGAGUCGCCGCCGCCAUGGCCAGCCAGUCGCAGGGCAUCCAGCAGCUGCUGCAGGCCGAGAAGCGGGCCGCCGAGAAGGUGUCGGAGGCCCGCAAGCGAAAGAACCGGAGGCUGAAGCAGGCCAAAGAAGAAGCUCAGGCUGAAAUUGAACAAUACCGCCUGCAAAGAGAGAAGGAGUUCAAGGCCAAGGAAGCUGCGGCUCUGGGAUCCCAUGGCAGCUGCAGCACCGAAGUGGAGAAGGAGACCCAGGAGAAGAUGACCAUCCUCCAGGCCUACUUCCAGCAGAACAGGGAUGAAGUCCUGGAUAACCUGCUGGCCUUUGUCUGUGACAUCCGGCCAGAAAUCCAUGAAAACUACCGCAUAAAUGGAUAGGGGAGGAAGGAGCAGCUCUGCGUGCAGAUUGGCAUGUUAGAUGCCUUCAUGGAAUACGAAGCUUCAGCAAAUCUUGAGUAGUUACAUCCUUGUGAAAAGGCAUUACAUUAUUUCUGUAUAUUAUGUAGUAGGUCCCUUCACUUCUUAGAGAAUAGCAAAUCUAGCUUCUUUGUACAAACGUAGAGCUUAUCCAAAGAUUUUCUCCUUUUACCUCAUAUUUCUUAGAAAUUAAUGUGUAUACGUUGUCUGUUUUCCUAUGCCUUUUAGCUCAAGCAACAUAUGUAUCAGUACUUUUUCUUUCUUAGAUGUAGUGAAAAAAAAAAAUUCUGUUUAAGAAAGACAGGGAUUAAAUAUUUUUUUUCCCUAAAGCUUUCUUGAAGGUCAGGGGCUUUCUCUAUGAAAAAGUAGUAAAUAGUUACUGUAACUUGUGUGAAGCAGCAGCCGGCCUUAAGUCGUCCUUUUGGCUAAGGGUGGAACAGCGAAUACUAGUAUAUAUUGUUCGGGCUGCUCUUAGUUUCUCUUAAUCAAAAUUAUUAGAUGAUAGAAUUCAAGAACUUGUAUACAUGUUCUUACUUGGUGUACUGAUAAUCACUUGAAAGUAAAGACUUUGUCAUGCA